AUGAAAUUCAUUCAAAUCAAUUUGGAUUUAACUGAAUGGAUUGAGGAACAUAGUUCGAUCUUACAACAUGAUUGUUUGCAUGUUCGAAGUUCACUAAGAAUUGAAAACGAUCCUUAUCAGAUUCUUUCCUAUUGCUUCAGUGAAUGGCCAUCGAAAUGGAAUAUUUCAAUUCCAGAUAAUUCUUAUCGAAAGCUGAUUUUCGUCGAUCUUUACAAAUUCAAUAUAACUAGUGAACAACUCUUUCUUUGGUCAACGCCGAUCGAUAUCAUUGAAAACUACGAAUAUUAUCUUAGUCACCUUAAUGACACGUCCCUAUCAGAGGAAGUUUAUUAUAACUGUACACUACCGAGAUUUGGUCGGUAUGUAUUAACCUACGGAUGCAAUUCAUAUUCAACACAAAGAGUCAGCGACUGUCGCAUAUGGUGUUACCCUGACAGAAAGCUCACAUAUUUAAAUGAUUUACUGUUUGUUACCUAA